CGCGUUGGAAAGUCAGUUAGUCGCCGCCAUGGAACGUGAACGGGUCACGCCCAAGAGUUAUCCGACGAGUCUCAUUGACAAAGACUGGACCAAGCGGGAAUUGUUCUUCAGAGGCAACUCUCAGGGCUAUCUGGAUAGCGUACAUGACUUGGAACUGCGAGACGAUGAUGUGUGGGUGGUGACGCUGCCAAAGUGUGGCACCACCUGGAUGCAGGAGCUCUGCUGGCUGCUGAUGAAUGAUUGCAACUUUGAGGCUGCUCUGGCCAAAGACUUGGAACUUCGCAGUCCGUUCGUCGAGUUCAAUUUUUUCACACAUGGUGAUGACGGUAAGCAGUUUGCACCUGUCCAAGAUAUGGCCUCGCCGCGUCUCAUCAAGUCCCACCUGCCGCUGCCCCUGCUGCCCGCACAGCUGUGGCAGCGGAGGCACAAAGUGGUGUACGUAUUCCGGAAUCCCCUCGAUGCCUUGGUCUCUCGGUACUAUCACGGCGUGACCUUUGGCCAUUGCUACGGCAAGACACUGCCACAGUUUAUCGAGGAGAAUCUGGCCACUGAUGCCACAUUCAGAGAGGCCAUCGAACACGCGCACGAGUUCUAUCAGCUGCGCCACGAGCCCUGGCUCUACUACACGAGCUUCGAGCGCAUGAAGAAGGAUCUCCGAGCCGUUGUCGAGGACCUGUGCCGCUUUCUGGACAAGCCCAUUGCGGACCAGCCCAUGGAUCAACUGCUCAAGCAUCUGUCUUUCGAAGAGAUGAAAAAAAAUCCAACAACGAAUCAUCUGUGGGAGCUUCAGCAAAUGACGCACAAAGAUGCCGGCAAGGAAAAGCACAACUUCGUUCGUCGCGGCAAGGUGAAUGGCUACAAAGACGAGCUGCCCCCCGAGCAGAUAGCGAAGGCAACCGACUACGUGCAGCGGUGUCUAGCAGAGAAGGCUGUAACUCUGGAGGAGCUGCUGCUGCUCAAUGAUUCGAAGAUUCCAUCUUAGAUAGAGAGAGUUCUUUCUUAUUUGUAGUUUUUUGUGGGUUGAAUGCACUACCAUGCACUACCAAGAUUUUCUUUCAUAUUAAUUUGUCGUAUAAAAACCCAAUAUCAUAGGGACACAUAAAUAAAUACAUAAAUACA